AUGGGUCCAGGCUUUUCGCCGCAUCCGGGCGGGAUGCAGCAGCACCCGGGCGCGCCCCCGGGCCAUCCCAUGGCCCAAGGCAUGGCGCACAACCCGAGCCAGCCCGGCACCGCGCCGGGAAGCAUGCCUCACCAGCUCGUGGGACAUAUGGGCGUCUCUGGGCCGGGCCCUCAAAUGAACGCGGGCGCUCUCAUGGGAAGCAUGGGGCCGGGGAACCCGAACGCACAUGUGGCCGCCAUGCAGCACCUAAACCCUGCGCAGGUUCAGCAGAUGUUUCACCACCCGCAGAUGGGCCAAAUGUACGCCGCAAAUAAUCAACAGCUCCAACAGCAAAGGCUGCAGCAAUUGCAACACCAGCAGCAAACACGCUCUGCUCUAAUGGCCGGACAUGGCGUUGGAUACCCAAACAUGGGCCAAAACCCCAUGGGUCUCCCAAUAAACCAGAUGACCCCUGCCCAGGCUGCUCAGAUGGCGGCUAUGGGCAGGAGGAUGCCGGUAGCUUCCCCUCUUCACCUCCAACAAGCACAUCUAGCUCAACAGCAACAGGGUCAACCUAUGAACACCAACAUGCUGGCUCACCAGAUCGCGAUGCAACAGCAGCAACAGAUUCAGAUGGGACAGCAAGGAGGGAACCCCAACCAACACCCGAUGAAUCCGCAGCACAUGAGCCUUCAACACGCGCAAAUGGCCGCGAUACAGGCCCAGCAGCAAGCACAGCAGCAGCAACAGGCCCAGCAACAAGCCGCCCAACAAGCUGCGCAGGCUCAACAGGCCCAGCAGCAACAACAACAAGCCUCGGGGCAACCCCAGCAACAGACGCCCCAGCAACAACCUCAACCUCAACCACAGCAACAGCCACCGCAACAGCAGCAACAACCCCAGCCGCAACCGCAACCACAACAGCAACAACAGCCCCAGCAAGGCCAACAACAACCGCAACAGCCACCCGGGUCGCAGCCCGGACAGCCUAGCGGGGGUGCGUCGACACCAGCACCAACACCGGGUCCUCCUGGCCACACACCUCAGCCCAACCCCCAGCAGCAACCCCAGGCUCCGCCCCCGCAAACUCCCCAGGUUACGCAGCCACAACAAGCGCAGUUGGUCGCUCAGAUGCAAGCGCACGCGCAGCAGCAGCACGCGGCCAACAUGGCAAAUCUCGCACAGCAAAGGAACAACUCGAUGAACCUGAAGGGGAUUUAUCUGCUGAAGCUGAUGCAAUUCGGCGAGCAUCUCAACGGGUUUUCGGGUUCGAAGGGCCGGGAUGACCUGGCAUACUGGAACGAUUUUGUCCAGAAAUUCUUCUCCCAGAAGGGUGUCUUUAAGCACUCGAUUCUGGUCCGGGAUGGUGAUGAACAGACCCAGCACAAGAGCUACGAGAUUGCGUACCCCGCGAUUGCGCGGUACUUCCACACGCAUUUUGACAGUGGCGUCAAGUCGAUGCAACUGAUCAUGGACAAGGGCACCACCGACAAGACGAUGCCCAAUGACUGCCACAUGAUCUGGAACGACAAGGCUAGCUUAGUUUACUGGUUUGAAGACGGUGCACACUUGGUCGCGACGGGCAAUCUCCGUGUUUACUUUGACAGUGAGCAGAAGUUUGACAUAUUCGAGUUUGAAACCACUGGCCACGAAGAGUAUGUCUCGAGAAAGCUGGUCAUCCAAGCUGCCAGACCCUCCCACAACUGGGUCAAGGAAUGGCGCAAUCUCAACGGGCAGGAUCCCAAACAGUCCCCAGAGAUGAGCAAGAAGACCAAGACGAAAAUGGCCAAGGCACCUUCCGGCCCACCUCCCGACAUUGAGCUUCCUCAUUCGGUUGUGAAAAGCGGCAUGGGCAUCACGGAAGCUGUGUAUCAGUUCCUUGAGAUGGUUGAAAUCAUGGGUCAGAUGAACCCGUUGUUUGGAUUCUAUCACACCCAUCCCGGGCUAGCACCCUACAACGCACUCGACCAAUACCUCAGCCAAGUCAACGCCUCGGCGCAAGCACAGGUCAUGAACGGUCAGCCCAUGCCGCAAGGCGGGCCAAGGACACCCAGUUUCGGCCAGUUCCCGGUCGGCGCCAGCCCCGCCAUGGCCAACUCCAUGCUCCCGGGCUCUCCUCACAUCGUCGGCAGCCCGGUCCCCGUGCAGAUGACGGCCCCCAUGAUGCAGCUUCAGGCCAGCCAGCAGGGUACCAACUCCAGCGGGCCGAGUGCCAACACCUCACCGGCACAGAACAGCAACAAACGGCGACGGCCAUCGACGGUGAAAGCGGAAGAGGAUACACCGGCAUCUGCGCCGACCCCGGUACCUAUCGGCACUCCGCAGCUGAACGGCGUGCAGAUUAAGGGCAAACCGGCCACCCCACGCAUGCCAAAGCGGCACAAGGCCGGAAACAACCCCGGGUAA